AUGGGUUCUCCACAGUCUAGAAACGGCUGUGGACUGAUCGGUCGACUGUUAUCAUACUUCCCUGCCACUCCCAAGCUUACAUACGGUCACGCAAAAUGGCUCGCCGGUGCCGUCAUCCGUGAUGCCGUUCCCAAUUUCCGCAAGGCUGCCUGCUGCCAAUCCCAACGAUCACAUCACAGAGGAUUUACUCUUUUGUUAGAGACCUUCCUCAUAACCAUAGUCGGAUACGAUGAAACCUACAUCGCAGAUGGGCCAAACAAACAAGUUCCCAAGGGCACUCCCGAGUAG